UACCGGAUGCAGCAAAUAAAUAAACCCCAAAUCCAGAUUUUUAGACAAACCCUAGACAUUCUGAAUCGUAAAAACAGGAAAAGGAAUCGGAGAUGACGACCACCGACGGCACCAUCGCCAAUCCCCCUACCAAAAACCCUAAGAAGGCCAAUCUCUUGGAUCAUCACUCUAUCAAGUACUUACUCGAUGAAUCUGUAUCCGAGAUCGUGGCAAGCCGCGGUUACAGUGAAGAUGUUAGACUGAGUAAUGUUCGAUUGUUGAUUGGUGCGAUCGUUAUCAUUAUCGCCCUAUUUGCUCAGUUUUACAACAAGAAAUUCCCUGAUAAUAAAAAUUAUCUCAUCGGGUGCAUUGGAUUGUAUGUGAUAUUCAACGGGAUAUUGCAGCUGAUCAUCUACACCAAGGAAAAGAACGCGAUUUUGUUUACAUAUCCUCCAGCAGGGUCUGCUUACAAGAGCACUGGGUUGAUGAUAUCUUCAAAGUUGCCUAGAUUCUCUGAUAUGUAUACACUUACCAUAGCCAGUGCAGAUCCCAAAUCUAUUUCUGCAAACCCAACAGUGGAGUUCACCAAAAGUGUUACAAAAUGGUUUACAAAGGAUGGAGUGUUGGUGGAGGGUCUUUUCUGGAAAGAUGUUGAGGGGCUGGUGAACCAGUAUGCCAAAGAACACAAGAAAAGUAAGUAAAUUUAAGUUUAGAAACUGAAGAAAAGUAGUAAUGGUGAGGCUGAUGAUACUUGGUUUUUUUUUAUAUCUAGAGAUGAAAGUUUGAACCUUAUGAUAUUGAAAAAUUGUUGGACAAACGCAUUUGAGCUUUAACUUUCAUAUAAUUUUAGUGAAAUGGGGAAUAAUAUAUGACAUUUGAGGAUGCUUUAUAUUUC